GACACAGACGGCGAGCAUGAUAUCUGUAAAUCCGCACAGUCGGCAUUCGUGCCUGUGUCAAACUGCGUAGAAAUGAAAUCUUUUGAUGCCGUUUGUGUGAGCUAACUUGUGGGAUCUCCUCUUUAAAUGUUGGAGACUCGAUUUCGACCACCGCCCUCAAGAUAUUAGCUAACAAUGCAGAUCAUUAUCUGUGCUUUUUUUGCUACCGAUUCAGCCCGGUUUGCUCCUUUGCUGCCACAGCUGGCUGACAUGGACCACCAUGAAAACCGAAUACAGUACAGGCUAGUGGGCUUAACGUUUCUGAAGCUUCUGAUGUGAUGGCAUGAUGUAAUGGGCUGCGUCCUGCAAAUGAUUGUCUUGUAAAGAAUGAAAUAGAUGCAACCAGAGUAAGGUUGUCCUCAACUCUCAUUGCUCUACUAUUAGAGUAAUGGGGACCUAAGACCUACUACUGGAUUUCUUCAUUGAAACUUAAAUUAAACUCCUGAGAGAAAGUAGAAGGUAAACAUUAGUUGCCAUGCGUAUCAGUUUCUGCCAGGGCCUGUUAACUGGCGCCAUCAUCCUCAACCUUCUCAUUCUCUACUAUGUGUCCCGGGCCCAGCAGCAAAUGAUGGAGAAGAGAAAGGAACUUGGUAGAGGUACAAGGAGGGCUGUCCUACCAGCCUCUGCUCUUGGGGGAAGCUUAGGGUUACUUGCAGGAGCUGGAGGGGAACCUGGAGUGGUCGGAGUAGAGGGACACAAUCGUGGCCCACAUGUGACUGUUCUUCUUCGGGAGUUUGAAAACUUUGAGAAUUAUGUUGGGGACGUGGCUAAUUCCUUCCUUCGCCAGAGACCUGAGCUUCCCUUCCUGGCUGUGGCUGACACGUCUCCAUACCCUCCACUGGUGCUUCCAGAGGGGGCUCGGCUUCUAGUGCUCUCCCCCAGCCCGGACCAACCUCCGCAAGCUCACAGGCCAGAGUUCCACGUCCAGACAGAGUUUGUUCUGCUGGUGCCUGAUGGGGUGGAGUUGGAGCAACCUCGGGCUAUCGAGAGGCUGAUCAGGGAGUUGGAAGGUGAGGGUGGGGGGCCUGUGAGGCUGGUAGCUGCACCAGUGCUGGCUCGAUCUGCUGUGCAGUGUCUCCACCUGCGGGUGAACCUCAGAGAGUGGACAGCCACCUACUCACCAGCUGCAUCUGGGAGCAGCGGGAGUGUGUGUACGGGUUUAAAAGGAGAUGCAGUUGUCCUCAUUCGCACUGAGGAUCUUUUUAACCUGUCUGUCCCUCUGGGGCGGCCCCUCUUCUCCUCGCUUUUCAUUCAGACUGCCUUGAGAGGCUGGAAAGUCAAGCUGCUGGAGAGCCCCUGUUUCUCUGCAAACCACCGGCCUCUCUUCAACUCCGCUCACAAUCAGUGGAAGGCUGACACUCGACUGAAGGAGGCCACCGGGAAGCUCAUGAGGAGCUUUGGUUUGAAGCAUCUCCUGCUGCCUGAUGGGAAGGAACAAUGGUAUGGCUGCAGUAAAGAGACACCUCGCUGCUUUGGCACUGUGCAGGAUGACACUCCAGACUACCUUUAUCUGGAUCGCUGGACACCUCCCUGCUGUCUGCGAGCACUCAGGGAAACCACCAAGUAUGUUAUCAAUAUCCUGGAGAGCUCGGGUGUUCGCUACUGGCUAGAGGGGGGGACUCUGCUGGGUGCUGUCCGCCAUCAAGACAUCAUCCCAUGGGAUUACGAUGUUGACUUGGGCAUCUACCUGGAGGAUAUACCCAACUGUGAUCACUUGAAGAACUUGGACUCAGGCUCUCUUGUGGAUGCUAAUGGCUACGUCUGGGAGCGUGCAGUGGAAGGAGACUUCUACAGAGUACAGUACAGCGAGGCCAACCACCUGCAUGUCGACCUGUGGCCAUUCUAUCCCCGUAAUGGCGUCAUGACAAAGGACACGUGGACAGAGCACAAACAGGACGUGGAGUUCCCAGAGCACUUCCUGCAGCCACUUGUGCCCAUGCCCUUCGCUGGCAUCACUGCCUACGGCCCCAACAACCACCGAGCCUUCUUGGAGCUCAAGUUUGGAGAGGGGGUGAUUGAGAACCCCCAGUACCCCAACCCUUCAAAAAAGAGGCUGGAGAGAAGCAAAUUAUGAGAGAUAAUAGAGACUCACAAGCCCUUUUAUGUGGUACUGUAUUUGUUUACAUAACAAAAGAGGAAACUCAAAUUUAUUUAUUUAUUUAAUUUUUUUUUUUGAAAAACAGCCUAAAAGAUGUUACUUGGAAACUAAUAUGGUGCCAAAAUGACUGCAUUUGCUGUUCAUUUUACCAAAACUAUAUCAGCAGUAAACAGUAUAAUCACAUUUGUGGUCAAAUCUGCCUAUGAUCAGUAUUUAGCUGUUAAGUCUAAUGUUGGACGGCCUUUUUAUUUUUUUAUUGAGUG